CUGACGUCAGAACCAGUCAUCCGAUCCGUCAUCAUCAGUUUUGACGCAAAAGGGGAAGUUGGGAGGAACCGAGAGGAAGAUCUGGGAGUGACCGUUUGAGAAGCACUUCUUGACUUCAGUACAGGGGAUUGGGGCUUAAGGUCAUGGCAGGAAGAGGUGGAGCAACGAGACCUAACGGGCCGAACACCGGCAACAAAAUCUGUCAAUUCAAACUAGUGCUCCUGGGAGAGUCCGCUGUGGGGAAGUCAAGUCUAGUCCUUCGCUUUGUAAAAGGACAGUUUCACGAGUUUCAGGAAAGCACAAUAGGAGCUGCCUUCUUGACUCAGACAGUAUGUUUGGAUGACACAACAGUGAAGUUUGAGAUCUGGGAUACAGCUGGCCAGGAGCGUUACCACAGUCUGGCCCCAAUGUAUUACAGAGGAGCGCAGGCGGCCAUAGUGGUGUAUGACAUUACAAAUGAAGAAUCAUUUGCACGUGCGAAAAACUGGGUGAAAGAGCUUCAGAGGCAAGCCAGUCCAAAUAUUGUAAUAGCUUUGGCUGGAAACAAGGCAGACCUUGCCAACAAGAGAGCGCUGGACUGUCAGGAUGCACAGUCAUAUGCAGAUGACAACAGUUUGCUCUUUAUGGAAACGUCGGCAAAGACUUCAAUGAAUGUGAAUGAGAUUUUUAUGGCCAUUGCAAAGAAACUACCCAAGAAUGAGCCUCCGCCUGCAGGUGCCAGCACAGGACGCAACAGAGGUGUGGAUCUAACAGAAACGGCACAGCCCGCGAAAGGUCCCUGCUGUAGCAACUAAACACUGACGGUCCUCACCGCCUAACCAACCGCAUCACAUCUGGACAUGGGGCUCCUCCUUCCAAACCUCGCUCCUUGGAUUAGCUAAAGACUCUGUAUAGCCGUGUUUCUAAUACUUUUUUUUUACUUUUUAUUUUUAAGG